UUAGCUUUUGAUCGAUUCUUCACAAUCUGUAUGCUCUAUUCAGCUAUUACUCUAAUCUAUGGUGCUCUGAUAAUGUUUUAUCUCAAAGAAAUCUGUGUUUUCGGCCAUGGUACCGAAACAACUCAAAAGCUUAUGGGAUCAACACCACACGACCAGUUGUUGAUACAAAUAUCUGAUUCGUUUGCUAGGUUGCUUCUAUUUGUGAUUGGGUUACUGCUGUUCAUGGUAGCUUUUGUUGAGGACAGAGCGUUUCAGAGUAUCUUUGCCAAAGGUUGUGUUCUUCUUCAUGUCUCAAUGGCCCUCUGGAGGGUGUAUUUUGAGAGGAGACUCGACAAUUUGGCUCGAGAUUGGCCAAGGCAGUUAGUUGGUGAUUUUGUGUUAGCACUUUCAUGGGUUUUCUUUCUGAUUUACUCCUGGAGGGAGUAUGAUUAG